UUAAUUAUUUUCAUGGUGCUGAACUUUUUAACGUUAUCAUAGAAUGAUAAAUAAGCUGGCGAUAAAGUUUCAUUUUGUCUAGCAGUAGUUUUCAAUGGACUGUCAGUAGUGUUGUUGAGCAAAAUGGAGUGAUUGCCGGAAACGUUUAGUUAACGCGACAGCACGCACUAUAGAGCUGUAACCUGUCUCAAACCGUAACAUUUUUUUUUCUAAUGGUUUUUGAAAAGGACAAAGGAGAAAAUAAGGAUGAGCACCGACGAGUUUAUUUAUAGUGUGAUCAACAGUGAUAACGUAGCGCAGUUCGAUUUGAACUUGAUUGCCAACACGCUGGCCAAUGUAGAUUCUUUGAUCCGACAGAUAAAGAGUCAGCAGGUGGAGAACGAAAAUCUGAAGGAGAAAAUUUCUUCAUUACGGACCACCGCAUUGCAAAUCAAGCAAAUCUAUCAGGAUGAGAAAGACAAGAAUAAAAUAACGGUGAACCGUGAAAAGGAUUACAUAAGGCAAUUGCAGAUACUGGAAUCGAGAGCUUUAGCUGCAGAAAAUGGUCAAGUUAAUGCGGAAUUACGUGAAAAGGAAACAGUGGCUGAACUUGAUCGGCAACUGCAAAACAGCAAGCACCGCUAUGAUUCUCUUGCGUGUGACAUGGUCAAAAACUGUUCACUGUUAUGGGAGAAUAGUUUGCUUCCCAGUGAUCAGCAGAUGAGAUUCCGAGAUGUCAAGAGCCACGUUCAAGGCCUGAUUCAAUGUGGAAAAGAAAUUCCUGAAGAUGUUGUUGCCUCUUUGAAUCGCAAAAAAGGUUCCAGAAAACGUCGCAAAUCAGAAAGUGAAACUCGUGACCAAGCCACAAUUACCGUCGCUCCAUCGUGUGUUUCAGUGGGUGUUAACACUGCUAGAGAAUUGCCUUGUCAAGCAACUGCAUCAACAUCGACACAUGAUUUAAUGAACAACAGUCUUCUUGAAACCGGAAAGAAACCUAGAGCCCCUCUAGUUGACAAAAGUACAAUGUACUGCAGUUCGACCAUUACUCGGUCUACUUGCACAUCUGCAUUUAUAAAAAAAGUCGAUGUUGGCGUUAACUUUCCGGAAGUGGUUCCAAAAUCUAUAAACGAUAUUUUAAAAGAAUGCGUCGUCGAGCUUCCAUCGCUUCUUACUCCGAUAUUGGACGAUGUUCUUGUUCAUAAAGAAUCGGUACAUACGCAAACGGAGCCAUUGUCGACGGAAAUAUCUCAACCAAAGAUACAAAAAGUUCAUUGCGGAACUAAUACCAACUUGCGAAACAUUCGUCGGAGAAUAGACUACGUUCGUAAGAUGGAAAAUGUGUCUGUCAGCAGUCACUUGUUAUCCAGCAUCAAAAAGGAAGAAUCGGUGUCACCAACUGCAUCGAUCCUGAACCUGCCCGACGCAUUUCAUCAAUCGGAGGAUCACCCUGGGGUCAACCCGCAGCUAUCGCAUUUAUGGGCCUUGCUAGGCGAAACAAUGUUCCGUCUGUUGGGAAGCGGUCGUUUAUUUGACAGUCAGUGCUACAAUACUAUCAAUGAGCGAAUGACAAUGAUUAAUAGCUUGAUUGAUUCGGAUACCGUCCGGGGCAAAGAAAUGAUGAAUAAAGUUUUUGCAGCAGCAUCGGCUGCGAUAAUAUCUGGUGAAAAACAGUGCGGAGCUGGUAAAGGAGUGGUAGGUCGACAUCAGGAAAACCCGGAGGAAUCUGUUUAUGCAAAUCAUGAGAAAAACAUGUCAGCAUAUGAGGAGGGUAGCGUUUUGAUGCAAGAGCGGCAGGAAGGAGAUGAAGAAUCACAAAAUAACAUUCAACCUGAAACUUGUCUUGAAAAUGACAUAAAUACGAGCGAAAUCAUACCUACACCGGAGUUUUCCACAGUCAAAAAUGUUGUAGCAGUUAUUGAAACACCAGAGUUCUGUGCAACGGAAGUUUCGAUUCCAUCAGAAAAUUCUGUGAGUGUAGAAUCUGAAAAAACUAACGAAAGCUCGGUAAUAGCCCCGGAAGCUACUUUGUCAUCAACUGUAAACGAACCUGUUCUAGAAUCAAGUUCGUUAUCUGUUGAGGAUACUACUCCCGUACUAAUGGAACAAAACGUCGAUCCAGGAUCAAUUGACGUUGGACGGGUGGAUGCAUCUGCGCUUGAAGAGAACGAUGAAAUAGCAAACCAACUGAGACUUAUGGAAGAAGGCAAUGUGUCUUCGAAUGAAGUGCUUCCAAAUAUCGUCAAUUAUGCUGCUUUGCUUGAAACCAGUCAAAAAAAAAUUCUUCAUGUAGUUCGUGAUGAAGAUUCGCUUUCUAGUAGUACUGAAGAUGAGCAUGACCAGAUGUUGAUCAUUGAGUGUUCACCGAUACGCUCGUUGCCUAGACCAAGCUGUACGACGGUUGGUAACAAUGGGACACUGAUAUCGCCGAUUAAGGUAAAAGAAACUAAUGAACUGGUAAAGGACCAGUUUAAAACACCGACGAGUCCGGCCAUCAGUAAACGAAAGCUGCGAGAACGGCUGGAAGGUACACCACCAAAGCGAGGCCGAUUGUCGCCAACCACAGAGGCACUAUUGGAGGACGACUGGGAUCGGAAGUUGUUGUGUAUAAAGAAUUACUUUAGCUAUCCGUCGAGUUUAAUUCCUAUAGAGGAUUGUCAAAGUUCUGAUGUUGAUGAGAAUGAAGCUGAUGAUAAGAAAAAGACGCUAAGUGGAGUUAGAGAGUCAUGCAUGCGGCCGGGUACAGUAGAGUUAAUCCACAGUGACGAUGAUACAGAACAAGACUUAAAACCUGCAGCAAAUUUAUUGCAUCUUAUGCAAACUCAAGUGGAUGCUACAAUAACUACUGCAAACCUGCCAAGCUCUCCGAAAUCGCCUAUGGAGGAUUCAGCGAGUGGUUCUCAAUGGAACGAUUUCAAAGUACCUCUUAGUAUCGAAACGGGAUCUAACGAAACCCCUACAUUUAACACGGAUUCACCGGAAUCGCCUCUGCUAGAAGACUCUCCAAUGUCACCUGUGCCUGAAAUAGAAACUGAUACACUCUUCAGCUGUGAUGAUUCUCCUAUGUCUCCUCCAAUAGAUAGCCGCAUGUCUAUCUAUAACGAAAUAGUGGAGCCACAAAUCAUCCCAUUGGAACACGUCUACGCUAGUCAUUUUGCUCGCAAGCAGGGUAGUACACCGAUUGCAAAAACCAUUGCCCUUUACAGUAAGAAUAGGCGCGCUCAAGUGUUGCGACAGUUUCCUUCGGAAGCUGCUUUAAUUCAAAACGUUUGCCAAAUUAUCAAAAACUACAUCAGCGAUGAUUGGACAAUAGACACUUUGAAACAACGAAGUGAAGAAUUGCUAGGGCUAACCAAGGAUUCGCGGAUAAUAUCUCUGGCAAUGAUUGAUAGUGUCAUCUCCUAUGGAGAUAUGCCAGUAGAUGUCCAGUGUUCCCCUCCAGCACCUCCGUUGCCUAAGGUGGUCCAACAACUGGUGUUACUUGCAAAAACAUUGAAUGAAUCAAUUUUCAAUCUUGACAGAGUGAUGCUGCAAGAAAUCGAUCGGAAAGUUUUUACGUUAAAGUCCGAUAAAGAGAAGUUGGAAGAGUUAAUCGCGGUAACGCAUUUAUAUAUUGGAAUUUGCGACUGUAAUCGGUUAUAUGGUUGCACGGCUAGGCUGUACAUUUUCAAAAGCUUGUACUAUUUUAAUUUUAAAGGACUACCUCUAUUGUACCAUGUACUGAAAGCUUUCCCACAUGCUCUGCCAAAGAAAAGUAGCAUGCAUUACGAUAACUCUGAUGCAAUGGUGAGCACACUCCGAACAAUUCUAAUGAAUCUUAACUACAAGGAACGAUCCAGUGAUCUAAAUGCUCAUAUGUUUAAGAAAACUGAAUUACACAAGCUGCUCAAAUUUUUUUACGGCUACCAGCAAGGCUCACCAACAUACGAAGAACUAAUCGUUAAUUUAGUGGAAAAGAUCAAAGCCAAUAAGCUUCGGAAUGUGGACUACUGCUUGAUUCUAGUGGCCAAACGAAAAGGAUACGAAUGGUCCAAAAAACACAUCGUCGAGAAAUACCUCUACCCCUUAUUGGACGAUUAUCUGAAACGACUCGAUGCGGACGGAAAGCUGAAUGAGCAAGUGGUCUGUUUGAUUUUCACAAUUUCAUCCAUCCUGAAAACUUCACCUAAUGGUCAGGAUAUAACGGGUUUUAUGCAGAACCUAGGUCGUAUCGUUCAAAUGACGAAUGGUAAUCCAAUGGUACAGGAAUCAGCCGUUGCCGCAUUGCUACGCAUGUCACGGUAUGGUUUCGCAGAUAUCUAUGAAUGGUUGUGUAAGUGGCGGCCCAAUUACGCGGUAAGCGUCAGGACGAAACUUAUGCUGGCUACGUUCGUCCAUCGAAAAGAGCAGCGGUUCUGGCAACGGCUCUGCCAGAAAACGAUCGUGUAGUCUGUGAUUAAAAAGGAGCAUUGGGUUGAAAAACCGUAACUAUUUAUUGUAUGAUCGUUGCGUAUGCUGGCGGUUCAUGUUUCUUAGGAAAAGGCUGGGAGUAAUAUGAAUAGAAGAUAAGCGAGAUUUGUGCAUCUUUAUUUUUAUAAGGAAUGAAAA